AUGGAUUCACUGCUUGCACUCGAGAAACGGUUCGCCCCUUAUGAUACAGUUACCCAUAACGAGGAAACUAAACAGUGCAAUAACACUGUAAUAGAAAAUAGUGGUGUAGCUGUCAUAAUAUUUGCACUAUUGGAGAGCGCAGCUGUGGCUGCCAACCAGUUCCCAGACGACUUCUACUUCGGCGCUUCCACUGCCGCCUACCAGACCGAGGGCGCCUGGGACGCAGAUGGCAAGGGCGUCAGCAUCUGGGACCACAUGCUGCACUCCCAACCCAACCUGACCGCCGACGGCCAGAACGGCGACGUGGCGGCCGACUCAUACCACCAUUUCAGCGAGGACGUGCAGGCGCUGGUCGGACUCAACGCGAACGUGUACCGCUUCUCGCUGAGCUGGCCGCGCAUCCUGCCCACCGGGGACACCGACAACAUCAACCAGGCGGGAAUCGACCACUACAAUGACGUCAUCGACGAACUGCUGGCCAAUGGCAUCCAGCCUAUGGUGACGCUGUACCACUGGGACCUCCCCCAGGAGCUGCAGAAGCUGGGCGGCUGGCCCAACAUCGUCAUCGCCGACUACUUCGUCGAGUACGCGCGAAUCGCCUUCGAGAACUUCGGAGACAGGGUGAAGCUGUGGCUGACGCUCAACGAGCCGGACAUCUUCUCCCUCGGCUACUCGACCGCCGCGGCGUUCGCGCCCGGCGCCAACUCGUCCGGCAUCGCCGACUACCUCAUGGCCAGGACCAUCCUGCUGGCGCACGCGCGCGUCUACACACUCUACGACGAGCAGUUCCGUGAGGCCCAGCAAGGCAGGGUGGGCAUCACUCUGGAAUGCAACUGGUACGAGCCUCUGACCAACAGCACGGAGGACGCCGACGCUUCUGAACGUCAGCUCCAGUUCCAGCUGGGGAUGUACGCGCAGCCCAUAUUUUCGUCCAGCGGCGACUUUCCGGAGGUGGUCAAGCAGCGGGUGGCGGCCAACAGCGAGGCAGAGGGCCGCACGAGGUCCCGCCUGCCAGCACUCUCCCAGGAGGAGAUAGACUACGUCAAGGGCACCGCUGAUUUCUUGGGGCUUAACCACUAUUCAACUUCGCUGAUAACAUCAGGACUACAAGGCUCAAUCCCAUCCAAGGAAUACGACACGGCCGUCGUCACAUCGCCCAUCGAAGGGUACCCGACAGGCGAAGGAAUGACGGGGUAUCGGUCUCCUCAGAACGCGCCCAUGUGCACGACUAUGAGCAAUGCUCGGUACACAGCUGCUCGCCGCGUUUGGUUCCGGCACAGCUGUCGCGACCUACCGACCUCGCCCGCGCAGUGGGGCCUGCUGUUUCAGCCCAAGUAA